AUGGAAACUUAUGAAGACCUGUAUACACAUGAUGUAACAAUUGGGUGAAGUUAAAUAAAGUAGACUAUGCUUUUUUCAACCCCCUAACAAAACCUAUAAAAUUGAUCAUAAUUUUCAAAAUGUUUUUAGUAUGAAAAAAGCACUUUUGGAUUUUUAAGCAGGGCAAAAAAAGUAAACGAUUUUAAAACAGAAAAAAUAGAGGAAAAAAUACAAAUAAAAAUCUAUAAUCUAUUAAGACUAACUCCCCCCUCCGUGAGUGAAACAAAAAAAUUUUGUUCACUCACGGAGGGGGGUUAAUUUUUUUGUUUUAAAACAAUUUAUAUAUAAAUUUAUAAAAAAUAUUUUUUUUCGAAAUUUAAAAAAAUCCUAAUUCGCAAGUAUUGGAAAGCAAAUAUUAAUUUAAUUUAUAAAAUUUAUGUUUUAAAAAGCAAUUCGUUUAAAAUUAAACAGAAUUAGCUCUAUAUUUCAUUAUAGUAAUUAUCAUUUAUAUAUCAAAACUUUUUUCCAUAAAAAAUUUUUGUUCACUCACGGAGGGUGGGUUUUUGGGCAAAAAAUAGGGAUUUUUCUAAUGGUUUUGUUCACUCACGGAGGGGGGGGGAGUAAGCACAUUUAAGCAGAGAAAGCUUAAGACGGGAUUAUAUAAUAAACAUUAUGGCAAACAAUAUCACCUAAAUGAAUGUAAGAAUAUGCACAAUUAUAAAUUUUUGUCUUUUAAAAUAGCAGGGAAAAAGUACACUGAUUAGUUGAACAUAAAAGGCUGAUAAUCACAGAUAAUUCUGUUAGAAAGCUAAAUAUAUUAUAUUAAAUAGAAAAUCAAAGCUAUAAAGAAAUACAAAGGUGAUUAUGAAAUAAAUUAGUGAAAAUAAAUGAAUAAAAAUAUACUAUUUUUUAUAUAUACGAAAGGGGAGUGAAAAAAAAAUAAUAAUAAAAUGUUUAAUGGUGCAAAUUCGGUACGAAAAAAGAACAAAAGGGAAGAAAAUUAGAGGAAAAAAAUGCAUUGAUUUUUAUAUGCAAAUAUUAUAUUUAAAUAAAUUUUAAUUAAUUUUAUGCACUUUUGUUUAGGACAAAAGCAUUCGUUCUGGUUGACCAGUACCAUAUUUUAUGAUAUAAAAUAUGAUCCCGCAUUAUCUAAAAGCACAUAUUAAAAAUAGCGCAUUAAUCCUAAGACCGUUGAAAAUAUACCCUCCUUAUAAAUUGGAGUACUCUAAUUAUCUAUACUAAUUUUUAGGAUUACAUUACUACCAAUACAUAAUUACUUAUGUGAUAUCAAUAUUAUGCUAUUAUGAAUAAAAACACUCUAAUUUGUUAUUAGAAUAAUAUGAUAAGCAACGAAUUUAUAUUUUAUUCUUGAAUUAACUCAAUUUUGCAAGCAAUAUGAGCAGGGUCUUCUGAGAUUAAUUUUGACUAAUUCAUGUUUCUCUUUGGUAGUUUCUUCUCAUUAUACUAUAUGCGAGAUUGCUGAUAAUCGAGAAAGGUGAACGAUCUGCCUAAUAGUAUAAUAAAAUAAAUAUGAGUUUAUGAUUGCAAAUCUAAAAGAUAAAUGAAGCAAUUUCUUCAAACUUAUUUGAUUUUUGGCCGUUUUUUAUAAUUUUUCUAAACAUUAAACAAACUUAUCUACUCAGCACUAUAUUUAUAAUACUUUUCUAAAACAGUUGGCUUUUUCUGUACUUUAUUCAACCUCACCCGUAACAAUUCCGUAUCAUGGCAUCCAAAUUGAUGUGCCAAGUUUGCAGUAUAACAUUGCUGCGUUUUCUGGGUCUAAGUCCCAAAAAUCUCAGAUUAGUCCUAAAAAAGUCAUCAAACACUCCCCAUCAAAGGAAAGACUUCAGAAAAUCGCUAGUGAGUAUCAAAUAACCUUCCCUCGUCCUUCAGAAGUUCCUCAACCUUCCCAAAAUACAAUCAAGCCUCCUAUCACUUCUUUUACACCUCCAGCACAAAACACCCGAUUACUCAGUUUAUUUUUAAUGUUUAGCAUAAUUGGGGUAAUAAUUUACUACACCUACUCUGAUAUUCAAAAAAAAAUAAAGAUAAAAUCAAGAGAAAUGGCUCUACAAUUUUUGCUGAGAAAUAUCUUUCCCGGAAAAAUCUUAAAUAAAAAUAGCAAAAAUCCUCUACCAAAAGACCUACUACUACGAGAGAUGGACAUCAAUGUGCAGCAAUGCAUAAAAGAAUACUACGAAAAUGAGUGUCAGCCAGACAAAAGAAUCCCUAUCGCAGAAGAAUUCUGCUUAGAAAAGGAAAAAUGCAUAUCAAAGAACCCAGAGAACGACGUAAUUUUCCUUCAUGUUAGCGCAGAGCUAUUUGGAGAACUUAUUAAUAGAUUCUGUGAAGAAAUGACGCUAAAAACAAUGGCCUUUUUAUUGAUUAUUUUGCUUUUAAUCCUAUACACAUCAAUGAAGUAUCUCAAAGAGCGAAACAAAGUUGUAGCAAAAUACACAAGAAAUCUUAAUCAAAUAAAAAAUUAA